AUGGAAAGAGAGGAAAAGUUGGAGUUGACAGCUUCCCGAGCCCCAGACUGUCUCUGGGCUUACCUGGCAUAUGGAAAAGGGACAAAGGAGGAGGGUGUGGAGAUCAGUGCCUGCUCUGAUGGAAGGCAGGUGGCCAAGGCUGAGGCCGUGCUUCGUGUUAGUGGUGGGCAAAAUGAACACUUGGGCCAGCUGGUUCUCAGGGCCGCCAACCAGAGUCUGAGCCUGGCUGCACAUGGCUGCAUCACCCCCAUUGGGAAUAUGGAGUCCAAACUGGCCGAGGUUGGCUCUCACCUACAAGCCAGACUCGUGGAGAAGUUCCAGCUGUUUGACACCUACCUCCAGAAGUUCCGGGACGUGGUGCAUCAGAUUGACUUCCUGGACGGUGCAGCUGGCUGGGUCCUGCAGAUGUCCCAGGCUGCUGUGAGAGCACUCCAGGCAGGGGGUAGAGCAGCAGCUGGACUAUGGAGGCAAAGCUCAGCCAGGCAGGUGCUGAGACAUCACCUCCCCCUGCACCUGGAGAGACUCCAGACCGUUAUGGAACAGACACAGAGUGAGCUGCAAAAGCCAUUAGCCACGCUGAAGGAUGCCUACUACGAGGUCACACUCAAACCCCUGGAUGAGGUGUGGCAGGAGAGGACUGAGGAGGCUAUGAAGAGGAUGCAGGCCUAUGUGCCCUCAGGGAUGAAGGACACUUGGCUCAUGAGGCCAAUCCUGCUGUCUCUACAAGCUGUGAAGGGUGCCCUAGAUCUGGGACGGACAGUGGGUUGUGGCUCAGGCUGCCCACCAGAUACUGAAGUGGGCAGAAGCCAAGUUCUCCAGAGCAAUACGAAGAAUACGGAAACCUUUGUCCAGUAUUUACAGCUUCUCUGCGAGGAACUGCUCUGUGGUGGUAAGGCUUCCAGUGCUGCCAGGAGGGAUCAGCCAAUGGACUUGGCCAAGGUAACCAACUAUCUCAUCGAAGAGAAGUUGCUACAGCCCCUCCGUGAGCUGUAUGGCAUCAACCUCCUGGCGGAGUACUACCGGAUCAAACAUCGGCUGCUGGAGAACCCCUUUGAACACCAUGCAGUGAUGAUUGGGGACAGACACGUGGUGACAUUCGAUGGACAGGCCUAUGACCUUACCUCCAAAUGCAGCCUGUUGCUCGCCAAAGACUUUGCUCACAACUCCUUCAUGUUUUUACUGAACCAGUCAAACACAGGACCUAGAUCCCUGUAUGUGGAGCUGAAUCACACAGCCUUCAUCAUCUAUCCAGGGCUUAAGGUCUACAAGAUAUAUGAUUCUUCCUUGAUGGAAGAGAAUUGUCCGAGCUUGGAUCUGCUACCUGCCAAGGUCAGGGCCAAUGGGAGAAAAGAAGUUCAUAAAAUAGAAUUAUCCAGUGAGAAUGGUGCUAUGGUCUCCUGCGACAUUCAGUCUGAUCUCUGUAGUAUGACACUGGAUGGCUGGAAUCAUGGUAUGUCAGCAGGCAUCUUGGGCACCAAUGACAACGAGGCAGGCAAUGACCUGUUGCUCCCAAAUGGCUCUGUGGCAGGAAACCUGGAUGACUUCAUUGAGGCAUGGCAGGUGGAUGAUGAGUGCCGGACCAAGAGAGGGAAAGCAGAGGUCUGUCUUGGGGCUGCUUCCUCCAGACUCUGCAAAGCAUUCUUUCAGGAUGCCCAUUCUGAGCUCCGUCAUUGCUUCCAAGUGGUAGAUCCUGCCCCGUUCUACAGUAUGUGCAUCCGGGACACCUGUGAGAUAAGUGAAUUACAGGCCGCCUGCGGCAUGGUCUCUGCCUACAUCCACCUGUGCAGCCGAGGCUUCGUUCCCCUGGCAACUCCUCCUCCGUGUGUUUGAGAUUCUGCUCAGGGCAGCCAUAGGCUGACAAAGGAUGGCAAACUCUUUCACCUUCUGACAUCACCCAGCUCCAACAUCCAACAAGCAGUGGUAAUCUUGUAGAGAAUCGUCCCUAGCAAGGGAAGAAAACACAGGCACCCGAGAGAAUGAAGAAAACAAUGAGGAUGCCUAUGGCCUGCUGAAGGGCAGCCAUUUACCGCUCUUUUAAGUAACAUGCAUGACCAAGGACAUGACAGCCUCUCCCAACAGGUUUCAGAGAACCUCUUCCUCCUCCACUGUAAGAGCCUAAGACACUGGGAUUGUAUUGUGCUCUACUCUAGCCCCAAAAGCUUUCCUCUGGCACUUCAGAGGGUGAAAAGAGAAGAGCAAUCUGCUUUGGCUGGAAAGGUGACUUUCUCAUUGCAUAUUUACCAAGCAUCUACUAUAUGAAAUACAGUGGUUCUGGAUCAAUUGUGUCAGCAGUAAGGAGGGGUGGGCUGUCUUAGUUAUUAAUCUCAUCAACUCAGGUUUCUUCCAGCUGUAUUUUGCCAUCAAAUUCCUUUUUGUGACUGGCUUAAAAAAAACAAGAGACCUGACUUACUGCACAUGGCUUCCUUGACCUCAACUGUUACAACUUCCCACCAAGGUUGGAGAAGGUCUGGGGUGCCAUAGCAUUUUCAAAAAGUGGGGAAGAUCUCUUCAGAUUUUCUUGUUAUCAAGUGCUUUUUUAAAAAAUACUGUAAAUAAACUAGAUUCAAAUUUUGAGGUUUGGUGGGAACAACCUCCUGAAUUAAUGUUCCUGGGGAGCUCCCAAGUGAAUAGUAGCAUUCCAUGAGCACUCAGUCACAGGUUUUCAUAACUUAUUCUGGCCAUGACAUGGAAUAACAGGGUACUGAUUAAUGCUGUAAUCAAACUUUUGAACUUGAUUUAAUGUAAUGUCCUUAAUUUUCCUUCUUAUUAAU